AUGAACUCCCAGAACUCCCAUCCGCAAUUCGACCCGGCCACCAUGAUCGGUCUAGCCGGCGCCUCACCAGGAAGAUCAGACGACAACUUCGAUAUCUUUGAAUGGUACCCCCGCUAUCAAAGCUGUCAACGCUACUUCCUAGAUCAUGCCCAACACAGCGUCCCCGUCCAGGCCCUCUCCACGUUCUUAAACAUCCGACUCCCCUUCCAGCGCCAACCGAACCCAAUCUUCAACUCAACCUCACCAUCCUCGUCUUCCUCCAACCACAUCCCAACACCCGACACACAACCACCAGGCCCACCCUCCAUCUCAUUGAUCCCCUACAUCCGCCGCCUAGUCGCAACAGGCAUGGACUUCCCAGGCGUGCUGCACGGCUUCUUCGGCGACGACUGGGGCAGCGGCGUGGGACCCAUGCACGAGCAAGAGCGCCGCAACUACCUCUUCGCGGCAAAGAGCGGCGGCUGGGCCUCCGUGAAAAAGGACUACGACAUCCCCCCGCUGGAGACCAUCCCGUUCCUGCGUCCUUUGCAGGGGGCUCUCGAUGCCGAGAUCGAGGCUGCCGAGCGCAGCUGGAGUGAAUGGCUCGCUAUGGAGGACUGGAUGGUUGGUCCCCGGGCGCCGGAUAGCAUGCACGACUCGUCCUCGCAGAAUUCACGGCCGCGGAGUGCGCGUGGCUGA